UAAUCCAUUGUCUUUUAUUAGUGUGCGCCGCUAGUUCCAUUCCGCUGGUGCCAGGGGAUAACAGCCAUUAUGUAGAAGGUGAAAGUCGUUAUAUUUGGAUGCCCGAUGGUGAGGGCGUUCCAAAGCUUGUAGAUUUACACGAACCUGUAAACGAGGCUUUUCUUCAAUCAAGAAACGGGGCAAACAACCGCUACUGGCUGUUUACUAGGCAAAAUCGUAAUAGCGCGCAAACAUUAACAAACGGAAAUGCAAACUCCGUACGUAAUUCAAACUAUCGAGCAAACCGCCCACUGAAAGUCAUCGUUCACGGAUGGAAUAAUGAUGGAAACUCUCCAAUGAACCCUAUGAUCACUGCCGCAUUCCUCGAUACUCAGGAUUGUAAUGUAAUAGUUGUUGACUGGCGGCAACUUGCUAACCAAAAUUACAACACUGCUGCUCGUGGAGUUCCCGAUGUUGGAAACCAUCUGGGACGAUUCAUACAAUGGCUUUUCAACACAGCUGGUGGUAACUGGAACAAUGUCCAUUUAGUCGGGUUUAGUUUGGGAGCUCACGUGGUUGGUAACGCUGGCCGUGCUGGUGGAGGUCAGGCGAGACGUGUCACAGGUUUGGAUCCAGCUGGUCCUACUUGGGGCGGAAACUCAAAUGCUCUCAAUCGUAACUCGGGCAGAUAUGUUGAAGCUAUCCAUACAGAUGGCCGUAUUCUUGGAAUUAUGGACGCAAUUGCUGAUGCUGACUUUUAUCCCAAUGGUGGGCGAAAUCCACAACCAGGUUGUGUGAUAAGCACGUGCUCACAUGGGCGUGCUACUGAGUUAUUUGCCGCCACAGUCUAUCAUAACCACUUAGUAGGCAGACGUUGCGGAAAUAUUUGGGAGGCUGAACUUUCAACAUGCAAUGGAGCGACCCUGAAUAUGGGUAACGGAAACCUAUCCAAGAGUGGGUAA